UUAAAAGGCUGCAGACUCUUGCACCGGCCGCCAGCACCGAAGUACGGGCCUCUUCCUCAGGGUCGAAUCAGUAGGUGACCCCGCCCCUGGAUUCUGGAAGGACCCGCCUCCGGGAACCCCGCUCGCUCCCCAGUCCCAAAGCCGGAGCUGGAAGUCGGGCCUUCCCUUCCUGCCUCGCCCCACCCUCUCCAGCUCUCGGGCCCCACCAUGGGACGCCCCCUGCCCCGUGCAAGCCUGAUGUGGGCAGUCCUGCUCUUGCUGCUGGCCUCCUGGGCAGGGCGCACCGAGGCACAGGGGAGCAAGGUCCUGCAGGGCCAUGAGUGUGAGGCCCACUCACAGCCGUGGCAGACGGCCUUGUUCCAGGGCGAGCGACUGCUCUGCGGGGGCGUCCUAGUGGGCCCCAGGUGGGUCCUCUCUGCAGCCCACUGUAAAAAGAGAAGGUACACGGUACGCCUGGGAGAUCACAGCCUGCAGAGUAAGGACAAACCGGAGCAAGACAUUUCUGUGGCUCAGUCCAUCCAGCACCCCUGCUACAACAACAGCAACAAGGAUGACCACGAUCAUGACCUGAUGCUCAUCCGACUAAGCAAGCAGGCAUCCCUGGGGUCCAAAGUGAAGCCCAUUGACCUGGCGAAGCAGUGUGCCAAAGUUGGGCAGAAGUGCACCAUAUCGGGCUGGGGCACAGUCACCAGCCCCCGAGAGAACUUCCCCGACACCCUCAACUGUGCAGAGGUGGAGAUCAUUUCCCAGAAGAAGUGUGAGGAGGCCUACCCAGGCCAGGUCACGGAUGGCAUGAUCUGUGCGGGCAACAGCGACGGGGCCGACUCCUGUCAGGGCGAUUCUGGAGGACCACUGGUGUGUAAUGGAGUCCUCCAGGGCAUCACAUCUUGGGGCUCAGACCCCUGUGGGCGGCCCAAGAAGCCUGGUGUCUAUACCAACAUCUGCCGCUACCUCAACUGGAUCAAGAAGACCAUGGGCAAUAAGGGCUGAUCCCAGAAAAAGCUGUGGAUCUCUUUCAAUAAACAGACCCCUGCUGCUUG